AUGUGGGAACGCGCUUGCCAAGUAUGUACACCAAAUGCAACUAACACCGUGUGGAGCCAUUGUCAAUGCGUAUUAGCGGAUGGUGUAGAAAGAGGGAUUCUAACAGCAAAUAGAAUGAUACCAGGUCCAAGCAUUCAAGUUUGCGAAGGAGAUAAAGUGGUUAUUGAUGUAGAAAAUCAUAUGGAAGGGAUGGAGGUCACAAUUCAUUGGCAUGGUAUUUGGCAAAAAGGAUCACAAUAUUAUGAUGGUGUACCAUUUGUUACACAAUGUCCUAUUCAACAGGGCACGACAUUUAGAUAUCAAUGGAUAGCUGGAAAUUCCGGAACACACUUUUGGCAUGCGCAUACUGGAUUGCAAAAGAUGGAUGGUCUUUAUGGCAGUAUUGUCGUACGGCAACCACCGAGUAAAGAUCCCAAUAGUAAUCUUUAUGAUUAUGACUUAACAACGCAUGUCGUCCUUAUAAGUGAUUGGAUGCACGAAGAUGCAGCUGAAAGAUUUCCAGGAAGAUUAGCAGUAAACACUGGGCAAGAUCCUGAAACAGUGCUAAUCAACGGAAAAGGACAAUUUAGGGAUCCGAAUACAGGCUUCAUGACAAAUACUCCAUAUGAAGUUUUCACUAUAACUCCUGGUAGGCGUUAUAGAUUUCGUAUGAUAAACUCAUUUGGGUCUGUAUGCCCAGCACAAAUAACAUUUCAAGGACAUCAACUAACGCUUAUUGCAACGGAUGGUGAACCAGUUCAACCAGUAAAUGUAAAUACUAUUAUUUCUUUUUCCGAAACCAGUUUAGGCGCGUUUGGAAGGUCUUUUCAAGAGAUUAGACUGAAUAAACGUAUGCCUAAUAACGAUAAAACAAAACGAACAAAUUGUGACAUAAGAAUCAAAACAAAUAUUCAGAAUGAUCAUAUGAGCACAAAUAACGCUGAACAUCUUGGACACCUUAUUGUGGUUAACACUCCAAAAAUCAUUAAUAAAAUCCGUGAUAUAUCGAUGGCUGCCAGAAGUGUGAAGGUGCGUGAAAUUACUAGUGUUGUAGGUUUCUCAGACGAAUGGAUACAUAACAUUUUGCCGCAACAUUUGGACAUGAAAAAGCUACCCGCAUAG